GCCUUAUAUGGACAUUUAAACAUCACGUUUUCGUUCUUCGUUAAGUCUUAGCUUUGAAUUUAGUGCACGAGAACAAAAUACCUUCUUAGUUAUUUCACACAACCAGAGUACUCUAGUAUAAUGUGGGGUUCAAUAAACGCUCACAAUUUUAAUAUUUUACAAAUAUUCCAUACUUGUUUUUGAUACUGUUAGGGGUUAACUUAGAGUGCGGUUACCGGUAACUUAAGCUUCAAUAAAACUUUUGCUCCCAGACAUAACAAUUUACCCUUUUAGCUAGUUUCAACCAAGUUUGUCUGAAGUACGUAUACAGUAAACCCUCUCAAUGACAUUCUCAAAACUAGGAAAUCGUAAUAACAUAUGUAUUUUUGUCCGGUAUUGAAUUCCUCCAAUUAGCGGACCGAGCCAGUAAAACCCGUUUUAAUGGGAGGGUUUGUCCGCUAUCGACCACACGGCGCAGCUGGCCACUCACAGCGUGGCUGAGCAUCCCAACCGUACGUGAUUGGCGGACUGAAAGAUGCUGUGCUGUGAUUGGUGGAUGGCUCCCAGUCAGUGUCUCACGUUAGUUUGUGUCUUAUGCCGUUGUGUUCACGAGUAUUUCCGUAUGUUAAACAUUGCUAUUACUGCUUUUUAUACGCGAGUGUGCUAAAAUUAAGGGACCAUGUCAAAAGUUACUCCACAAAAGGGCAAGAGAGUGCGUCUCUCAGUAGAAAAGAAGCUUGAAAUUGUUGAAAAGCUUGAAAAGGGAACAUCUGUGUCUUCCAUUAUGGCGGAGUAUGCUAUCAGCAGGACUCAGGUCUACGAUAUUCGUGCUACUAAGAAAAACCUCAGGGACUACAGCCUUAAAACCGAAACAUGUGUAACAACCAAAGAAAAGAAGAGUGCCCUUUCAAUAAAAUCAAUAAAAAAACCGAAGUUUUCCACAAUUGACGAGGCUGUGUAUGACUGGUACAGAGAGCAGCGUGCUGAGGGCGUACCAGUGAGGGGCAUCGAGUUGCAAGCUGUAGCCAUGCGCAUCGCUUCCAUAUUGAACAUUGAAGGGUUUCAGGCCAGUGGUGGGUGGCUUCAAAAGUUCUCAGCACGCCACAACAUCAGCAAUCAGCCGAUUGGAGGCGAGAACAGUGCACAGUAUGUUGAAGAGUCAGACCAGCUGCGUCUUGACAACAGCUUGCUGGAGGUUCAACUGUAUACCGCCGAUGAUGAAACAGAUGCUGUGAAUUUUGGUGACGUUGAUAUUGACUAUGAAGAAUUAUCCGACGCUCCUCCAGUCAGUGAGACAUUGGAUUCGAGCCAAGUAUAUCCCACCUCCAGUACUGCCUCACCACCAAACAGCGAACAACUGUAUCGCGUCCACUAUCAGGAUCAUGUUUCAACGAUACUUGCCGCCCUCGCCAAGGAUGAAGUGUUUAUGGAUGUGACUCUUAUUGCUGAAGGUCGACCCAUCAAAGCUCACAAGUCUGUGCUGUCAGCGAUGAGUCUUUACUUUCACGAUGUGCUGCGAGAUAAUCCCUGUCAACAUCCAAUCAUUAUUCUGCCUCAUGAUGUCCUCUAUGAAGAACUUGUUGAUCUUGUAACUUAUAUUUAUAAAGGUGAGAUUACUGUGGCAUUAGAUAAGGUGUCGUCAGUGCUGAGAGUCGCAAAGAUUCUUCAGAUUAACGGAAUGGCCUCGGUCAGCUCUGUCUCUGUGGAUGGCUCCUCAGAUGCUCAUUAUACUACAUCACCAGAAACUAAACCUUUCAAAAAUACUUCACAAGGGUUUAGGCCACAAAACAUUCUCUCACGAGUGACUAGUCAGAAUAACUCGGCUCAAGUAGACCAUAAAAGUAAUUUAGGAAGACCUGUAAAGAGAAAACAGCAUCAUGUUACCACUACACCAAGUCAUCAAACUGAUUUGUCAGUAACACAAAAUGUAACCAAGUGUAAAAAAUUCUCAAACAAACAAAACACAUCGUCACUACGGUCGCACCCACAGACAUUUUCUUCCACGUUGACAAAUGUUUCUCCACCAGCGGCCAGUUUAUCUAAUAACUCGUUGACACUCACCAACGUAAUGUAUGAAGUUUCCUCGGUGGGCGGCACUCUGGUGAAUGAGUCAGAAAGUAUUCCAGGAUUCUCGGAGACAACACCAGGGGACUCGGUUGUCAUCCGCACAGCAAAUAAAAGAACAUUACCACCAGAAACUGACAGUUCAGCAACAGAUCCACGGGCCAGCCACAACACGAACAUGGAUAUGGCCUUUGUCGAUAUUGGAAAUAUUAAAGAGGAACUCAUAGAUGUUGAUGAAGAAGAAUUGUGAGUUAAUUUAUGAAAAAAGACCUACUAGAAUCCAGAAGUUACAGCAUUUAAUACAGUUGAAGUAUGUAGUAACACCAACCUCUACUGUCAGUCCUCAUCACCACUGUAGAGGAAGAACUUGUGGCAGAAAGUUUCACUGAACAGUUUUGUGAUAUAUUUGCAUGAUUAUCUGCUGCACCUUUAUCCUACAAAAUUCAAGUUUAUUUAGCACAAAAUUUUUAUUUCUUCAUAAUGUAUAAGAUAAUUAUAUUACACUGGAUAAAGCCAGUAAAUAGAACAUAUUGGCUAAUUUGUUUUGUACUCUGAUAUGUGAAGCAGACUAACCUGUGUAAAGUCUGGUCUGUGUGGAGCCAUAUGGGGUUACCUUUAGCCCGUUGGUUCAUACCAUACGCUUACUGACUCACAAACAAUUAUUUAUUUACUGUAUUUAUAUUUUGGUGCAGUACUUAUUAUUUUUUUAUUUCAAUCUUGUGGUUCAGUUAUUGUACAGUACAGUGUGACAGUAUCUUCAUCACCGACAGACUGGUGAUGGCAGGAGGUUGUGUUUGUGUCGCCCCCACAUCAAGAUUCAGGUUCAAUCUCUUAUAAUUCUAUGGAAAAUUGUUUUGUUUCUUUUUUAUUUAGAAACGGUUAAUAUUUAUUUCUGUUAAUUUAAAGAGGAGUAAAACUAUCACUGUAUAUUUUCAUAACAUGGAAGGAGGAAACAUAUACUGUAUACUCAAGACUAUUUUUAUAUUGCAGUUUGUAUCAUAAUGCCAAAUGUGGAUAUGUAUUACUGGCAAUACUGUAGUGCUGAUAGUGACAUGAAAAUUUAAAUUUUUAUGCAAUAUGUUUCUUUUCAAUUUAAUCAGUAAAUAUUAAAGUAAUGUUUAUUUACCAAGUAUGGCUCCUAAGUUGUUUUUAAUUUUCAAUUUUUAUACAUUAUGAACAAAGAGAUGCAUUGCUUUACCAAGAAUGCAUAUUUAUUAUCAGAAUAAUAGUCUCAGUAGGCAAGUUUUUACAUGUUCAUGUUAUUUGAGCAUACAAUAGUUCAAUAGUUUUCCCAAAGACUUCAAGAUGUGGGGUAGGAUUGAGGUCAAACCUUUUAUGCAAGAAAAAUUGUCAAAAAUUGCCAUGAGGCUCAUAAAGGUGCAAAUAUGUUAUGAAUAAGACAUUGCUGUAAUAUCAUGACUAUCCACUUGUAUACCAAUGUCUUUUGUAGCCAUGUUAAGAUGCUGUUGAACUUGAUAAUUAUUGGAGAUAGUUUUGUUAACCCUAAUUAUGGGGGGGGGGGGGCUGAGAAUUCUCCAUUCCAUUUGCAUUUUUUUCUUUCCAAAGCUUCUUCCAUAAAUGUAUCCAAAUGUAACGAAAAUAGACAAAUAAAAUGCACAACUUACAA